AUGGUGAAGGUUGAGGUCACUAUCAUUUCAAAGGAAACAAUCAAACCAUCUUCACCAACAUUGCACCAUCUGAAACCAUACAAACUCACCCUCUUUGAUCAGGUCACUCCUGCAACUUACGUUCCCACAGUCUUCUUCUACCCCAUGAGUGUUCCCUUUUCGGAAGCUCGUGUUAAUUGUUCCAUGUCUGAGUUCCUUAAGCACCAAGAAACAGACUUACUGGCCCUAUUCGUUCCGUAUCGUGCCUUUUGCAAGGAAACAGAUACUACUAUAGCUCAAGUAGCUAUUCAACUGAACAUCUUUGUUUGUAGUGGAAUAGCAAUCGGGUUGAGCUGCUCACAUAAGAUUGGAGAUGCAACAACAUCGAGUGCUUUCCUUCAUUCUUGGGCUGCCACUUUUACUGGGUCGUCGGAAAAAGUUAUACAUCCAAAUUUCUCAGAGGGAUCAACCAUGUUUCCACCUAGAGAUUCACUUCCUCAAAAGUAUAUAGAUACAAUGGAUAACUUAUGGUUCAAAGAAGGUGAUUAUGUUACAAGAAGGUUUGUGUUCCAUGACAAAGCAAUAGCCACCCUGAGAGCCAAAGCAAAAAGUGAAUUAGUUCCUAAACCUACACGCAUUGAGGCACUAACUUGUUUCAUUUGGAAACAUUGCAUGGCAGCUUCUAAGGGCAUAUCAGCAGGUUUGAAAAAGACAUCCAUGGCCAUGCUGGUCCAAGCGGUGAACUUAAGGGCACGAAUGAAGCCUCGCUUGUCAGAUGCUUCUAUUGGAAAUAUAUUUUGGUGGGCACCUGCAGCAGUUGAUUUGACUAUGGAAGAGAGAGAGUUGCAUGAAUUGGUGGACCUUGUAAACGCCGCCAUCGCAGGGUUUGAUACCGAUUUUGAGAAAAAUUUGCAAGGAAAUGAAGGGUAUUUGGCUUUCUCUGAUUACUUUGACCAGUUAGAAGAAAUGUUUUCUGCAGAAAUAAAACCAGAUGUUUGGGCGUUUACAUGCUGGCUUAGAUUUUUUAACGAUCUUGAUUUUGGUUGGGGGAAGCCAUUUUGGAUUGGUAUCAUGGGGAAAGUUGGUUCUGCAUUCAGAAAUUUAAUAAUGUUCAGUGAAACCCCAUGCGGUAUUGGGAUUGAGGCAUGGGUGACCAUGGAUGAGAAAGAAAUGGCAAUAUUGGAGAAUGAUCCUGAAUUUCUUGCAUUUGCUUCUCUAAAUCCUAGCAUUUUACUCUCUCUUUAA